CAAAUUCCGUAGGCUCCAGCCGCCACAGCUGACGAGGGUCAGAGGAGCGUGCUGCAAUCUCAUCACGCUCGCGGCUAGCUUCAAGAAGCUGCAACGAACCCCUCGACCAUAUCGCCCGCUGCUACUCCUAUCCCUUUCCUGCUGCCACUACCUAAGCUAAGCAUGGCCAUGAUGCUGCUAGCGCGCAACCUGCGCUCCGGCCUCCGCCCGCCGCUCGCCGCGGCGUUCUCGUCGGCCCCGGCGGCGUCGGCGUCGGCGGCCGCGGCGGAGGCGGAGAGGGCGAUACGGGACGGGCCGCGGAACGACUGGAGCCGGCCCGAGAUCCAGGCCGUCUACGACUCCCCGCUCCUCGACCUCCUCUUCCACGGGGCUCAGGUCCACAGAAAUACCCAUAAAUUCAGAGAAGUGCAGCAGUGCACACUUCUUUCAAUCAAGACUGGUGGGUGCAGUGAAGAUUGUUCUUACUGCCCUCAGUCAUCAAGAUACGACACUGGAUUGAAGGCCCAAAAAUUGAUGAACAAAGAUGCUGUCUUAGAAGCAGCAAAAAAGGCAAAAGAGGCUGGGAGCACCCGUUUUUGCAUGGGAGCUGCAUGGAGAGAAACCAUUGGCAGGAAAACAAACUUCAACCAGAUUCUUGAAUAUGUCAAGGAAAUAAGGGGUAUGGGCAUGGAGGUCUGUUGCACACUGGGCAUGAUAGAGAAACAACAAGCUGAAGAACUCAAGAAGGCUGGACUUACAGCAUAUAAUCAUAACCUAGAUACAUCAAGAGAGUAUUAUCCCAACAUUAUUACCACAAGAUCAUAUGAUGAUAGACUGCAGACUCUUCAGCAUGUCCGUGAAGCUGGAAUAAGCAUCUGCUCAGGUGGAAUCAUUGGUCUUGGUGAAGCAGAGGAGGACCGGGUGGGGUUGUUGCAUACACUAGCCACCUUGCCUACACACCCAGAGAGUGUCCCUAUUAAUGCAUUGGUUGCUGUAAAAGGCACACCUCUUGAGAACCAGAAGCCUUUAGAGAUCUGGGAAAUGAUCCGCAUGAUCGCCACUGCUCGGAUCGUGAUGCCAAAGGCAAUGGUGAGGCUUUCAGCAGGUCGAGUACGGUUCUCCAUGCCAGAACAAGCGCUCUGCUUCCUUGCCGGGGCCAACUCCAUCUUUGCUGGCGAGAAACUUCUCACAACCGCAAACAACGACUUCGACGCGGACCAGGCGAUGUUCAAGAUCCUUGGUCUGAUCCCCAAGGCUCCAAGCUUUGGCGAGGAAGAGGUGGCGGCUCAUGCUGACACCGAGAGGUCUGAGCAAGCUGCUUCGAUGUAGAAUAACAUCAUUACCGACUCUCUGUAUCACAGUUAGGGCGAAACUAGACCUACUGUUAUUAUAGCUAGAGCAUUGUAUUGUAGAAACCACAAUAUUUCAUUUCAUUAUUUUGUAGUUGCUUGAGACAGACGGGAAACAAAAUAAGGAAUGCCAUAUGUGAUGUAAGUUUCAAUCUUU